AUUUAUUGCAUGCCCGAGAAAGAAUCAGAAAGAUCAUAGACAUCUCAAAUCUUUUUCUUUUUAAUUUCUUUCUUUCCAUUCCUAUAUAUUUGGUCGUCUUUGGUUUUGAUCUUCUUCUCGUCUAUGAAAUUUCAACAGCAAAUUACAAUCUUUUCUCUCUGGGUUUGCUCUGAUUGAUGUAAUGGUGAAACCGGAGAUGGCAGAGAAGAAGAAGAAGAAGCCCAGUAGGAGAUGGGUAUGGCUUCUUGGAGCUGUUCUUGUAGUCUUUCUUGCAAUAGCAGCUCCGAAGAUCUCUAUUUUCCGUCGCAGUGAUCAAAAGCCCUGCCAGUGUGCGAAUUCACGCCAAUAUACUGGCAUUGUAGAGGAUUGUUGUUGUGAUUAUGAGACUGUUGACAGUCUUAACAAGGAAAUGUUGCAUCCACUGCUCCAAGAGCUCGUUAAAAUCCCAUUUUUCCGAUAUUUCAAGGUUAAACUUUGGUGUGAUUGCCCUUUUUGGCCUGAUGACGGUAUGUGCCGUAUCCGGGAUUGUAGUGUUUGUGAAUGUCCAGAAAAUGAGAUUCCAGAAACAUUUAAGAAGCCCCUCAAUCAAGGACUUUCAUCGGAAAAUCGGGUGUGCCAAGAGGAAAAGCCACAAGCUAUUAUUGACCGCACUCUAGAUACUAAAGCAUUUAGAGGGUGGAUAGAAACAGACAAUCCAUGGACAUAUGAUGAUGAGACUGAUAACUCUGAGAUGACAUAUGUAAAUCUCCAACUGAACCCUGAACGAUUCACUGGCUAUACUGGUCCAUCAGCUAGGAGGAUAUGGGAUGCUAUUUACACAGAGAAUUGUCCAAAAUAUCCAUCUGAAGAGUUUUGCCAGGAGAAGAAAGUGUUAUACAAGUUGAUAUCUGGACUCCACUCCUCCAUUUCUAUCCACAUAGCUACUGAUUAUCUCCUUGACGAGGCUAACAACUUGUGGGGUAAAAAUCUUGAGAUUAUGAAUGAUCGUGUGUUAAAAUACCCAGAACGCGUUAAGAACCUGUACUUCACUUAUCUUUUUGUUCUCCGAGCUGUGACAAAAGCAGAAGAUUAUUUGGAGCAGGCUGAGUAUGACACUGGCAACCCUUCUGAGGACCUGAAAACACAGUCCCUGAUGAAACAGCUACUCUAUAAUCCAAAGUUACGAGCUGCAUGCCCACUUCCAUUUGAUGAAGCCAAGUUAUGGCAGGGUCAAAGUGGACCAGAGCUGAAGCAGCAGAUCCAGAAACAAUUCAGAAACAUCAGUGCGUUGAUGGAUUGUGUAGGUUGUGAAAAGUGCCGAUUGUGGGGAAAGCUUCAAGUUCUUGGCUUGGGCACUGCAUUGAAGAUCCUCUUUUCUGUUGACGGUGAAAACAACAUGAGCCAGCCUCUGCAGCUGCAGCGGAAUGAAGUGAUCGCCCUGAUAAACCUCCUCAAUCGACUUUCAGAAUCUAUCAAAUCGGUCCACGAGAUGGGACCCACUAUCAAAACAAUCAUGGAGGGACAAGGGCCCAUUCCUUCUGUACAAAGUAGUUUACUGCAAGCAAUUCGAGAUUUUGUAGUCAGGACAUGGUCAAGAAGCAGCAUCUAACAGCCUUGUAUCAAUUUUGGAGGAUAGGGGUAGGGACAAUCCUUUUAAAGCUGAGGGCAUCCAUUGGAGGAAUAGUGGACGAUGAGUAAAUUCCUUUCGGAAAAAUUAAAUCAUAGAUUAGUAAAUGAAAAGAAAAAGGGAUGUAAAAUGCAAACAUUUCAAUCAGUUGGGUUCAAAACUACAGUACCUUGAAAGUAUGUCAGAAGCAUCAAAAUUAUACCAAAGAUAUACAAAUAGAAUAAAUGUGUCGUAUUCA